AUGGGUCUGGAAAGCGUUAUGAUGUUGCAUUCUUUAAGCUCAGCAUAUUUAAAUUUGAAUUGGAAGAAUCUUAUGAGUUAUUGAAAAAAAUUAACGGUGGAUUUUAUGUUCUUCCUAUACAAAAUCGAAUACUUGGAUGACUCUAUAGUGAAGUUGGAUUUUUAUAUUUUUUAUUUGGAGAUACAAAACAAGCUGAAAAGUUAUUUUAGCAGGAUUAAUUUAGAUGUGAUAAAAAGCAUCUGAUUUAUUUAA